AUGGCAUCUCAAACUCUCCUCGACGUCCUGCGCUCGCGCACCGCGGUUGACUGCGAUACCCUCGACGCCUCCGUCGCCGCAGAGCUGGGGCCCUUCGUCGACUGCACCUCCAACCAGGCAAUUGCGUGCUCUGAGCUCCAGGAAGACCGGCAUAAAGACCUCCUGAAGAAGGCUGCCACUCUCGCCAAAGAUGCGAGCCCCAAAUACCCCGGUGUGAAGCUUGAGACGCUGGCAGUCGAGAUUGCCAUGAUCCUGCUCGCCCUCCAAGUCUACCCGCACCUCACCGGCUUCGUGCACAUCCAAGCCAACCCCUUCGACGCCUACAACACGGCGGCAACCGUCGCCGGCGCCCGCCGCAUCGUCUCGCUCUUCAAAGACGUCGACUCUGCUUUCGACACCACCCGCAUCUGCAUCAAGAUCGCCAGCACCUGGGAGGGCCUCCAGGCCUGCCGCCAGCUCGAAGCCGAACACAACAUCCGCACCCUCGCCACCACCCUCUUCACCCUCGAGCAGGCCGCCCUCGCCGCAGAGGUCGGCUGCCGCUACAUCGCGCCCUACGUCAACGAGCUGCGCGUGCACUUUGACAAGUCCUACACCGACCCCUCCCCCAACCUCCCCCUCUGCGCCACCAUCCAACGCUACUACACCGCCCACUCCCUCCCCACGCAAGUCCUCCCCGCCAGCCUCACCAGCGCCGCCGAGUGCAUGCAGCUGGCCGGCGUGCACCACAUCACCGUCGCCCCCGCCCUGCUGCGCGAGCUGGCCGCCACGAAGACGGGAGAUGACACGCCCGCCGCGAAGGCGCAUUCGCUGUUCGACGACGCGUCGGCCGCGCACGCGCCUGUGCCGCCGAAGCUGAGUUAUGCGGGUGAUGAGGCGGGGUGGAGGAUGGCGCUGACGAGGGCGGGGAAGGGGAGGGAGGAGGGGAAGUUGGUGUAUGCUAUCAAUACGUUUUGUGAUAUGCAGGUUGCGUUGGAGAAGGCGUUGAAGGGGGUGAUUGCUGCGCUGUGA